AUGUCCACAGAAGACUAUGAUGAGUUUGGUAACUAUAUCGGAGGCGACCUGGAAUCAGAUGACGAGUCAGAUAUCGAUGUCGCGCCCGCAGCGCCAGCGCCAGCGUAUGGCGCCGGCCCCUCUGCUCAAGCUUCUAGCAGCUAUGCACCGUUAGAAGGGCUGGAGGAUGAGGAUGAGGAUAUGGCAGAGGAUACAGGCAUGGAAAUGACUCUACAUGGUGUCGAUGGUCAGUUGGGAGACACGAAUCAGGUGGUUCUUCAUGAGGACAAGACAUACUACCCCUCAGCUUCCGAAGUGUACGGGGAGGAUGUGGAGACCAUGGUCCAAGAGGAGGAUCUUCAACCCUUGUCAGAGCCUAUCAUAGCACCUGUGAAGAACAGGAGCUUCACCGUGCAGGAAAAAGGUCUACCAACGACUAGAUUCGACCGCAACUUCAUGAUCGACCUCAUGGCAUAUCCUUCAAUGAUCCGCAAUGUCAUGGUUGGAGGGCACAUACACCACGGAAAGACAGCCCUGAUGGACAUGCUGGUGUUUGAGACACAUCAGUUGACUUGGAAUGCCGAUGAACCAACUCGAUACACUGACACUCACACCCUCACUCGCUCCCGCGGCAUCUCCAUCAAAGACGGUCCGAUGUCUCUUGUCCUGCCGAAUUCCAAAGGCAAAUCAUCUCUCGUCAACUUCAUCGACACUCCUGGUCAUGCUAACUUUGUCGACGAAGUGGCGUGUGCGGCUAGAUUAGUGGACGGUGUCAUUGUGGUGGUGGACGUUGUGGAGGGCGUAAUGCACGGAACAGAGCAGAUCAUUCGUCAUGCCCUGCAGGAGAGAUUAAAGAUGGUCUUGGUUGUCAACAAGAUGGAUAGAUUGAUAUUGGAGUUACGGUUACCGCCGAGUGAAGCAUUCUUCAAGAUCAAACAUACCAUUGAAGAGGUCAACUCGUUCAUCGCGUCCAUCGACAACGAUGACUCACUUCGUCUAUCCCCGGAACGAGGAAACGUCGCCUUUGCAUCUACUCAGAUGGGAUGGUCUUUCACUUUGAGAACAUUCGCAUCCAUGUACGCAGAUACCUUCGGCAAGUUCAACAUCGACGAUUUUGCCGCUAGGUUAUGGGGUAAUAUCUUUUUCGAUGAGCAACGACGCAAGUUCACACGCAAAGCUGCCGACGUGGAGUCGCCCCGAUCGUUCGUCCAUUUCAUCCUUGAACCAUUAUACAAGCUCUAUACUCAGGUCCUGAGCGCCGACUCUGCUACCUUGAAGGACACCUUAGGAGAAAUGGGUAUCACCUUGAAGUCUGCUGUCUACAAGAUGGACACGAGACCACUAUUGAAAGUCGUUCUCGAGGCCUUUUUUGGAUCUUCACUUGGAUUGGUGGACAUGAUCACAGAGUUUAUCCCUUCGCCAGUGGACAAUGCUGAGCAAAAGGUCCGGUCAACAUACACUGGUCCCUUGAAGACCGAUAUUGCCGACUCUCUCCUCAAGUGCGAUCCCGAAGGGCCGACUGUAAUUCAUAUCACUAAGCUUUUUCACACCACCGACGCUCAGGAGUUCAGGGCCUUCGGUAGGGUCAUGAGCGGUACUGUUCGAGUCGGUCAGCCGGUGAAGGUGCUAGGAGAAGGCUAUUCGUUGGAGGAUGAGGAAGAUAUGGUCAACGCGACGGUGGACGCUAUUAUGUUGGACGAGUCUAGAUAUACCGUGGAUGUGGAGCGUGCUGGAGCUGGUAACAUUGUUCUUCUGUCUGGGGUUGAUGCGUCCAUAACCAAGACUGCCACGAUUGUCGCCAGGGAUAUUGAGGACGACCUGUACAUCUUCAAACCCAUCCGCCAUAUGACGCAGUCGGUUCUCAAAAUUGCUGUUGAGCCUAUUGCCCCGUCAGAAUUACCGAAAAUGUUGGACGGACUCAGAAAGGUCAACAAAUCGUAUCCUCUGUUGGUGACGAAGGUGGAAGAAUCAGGGGAGCAUAUCAUCCUUGGAACUGGAGAAUUAUAUCUUGAUUGCGUCUUACAUGACCUCCGACGUCUUUUCUCCGAGAUCGAGAUCAAGGUCUCCGAUCCAGUCACCAAAUUCUGCGAGACUGUGGUCGAGACAUCCGCACUCAAGUGUUAUGCUGAAACACCGAACAAGAAGAACAAAAUCACAAUGAUCUCCGAACCUCUUGAAAGUGGCAUUGCCAAUGACAUUGAGGCCGGUCGAGUCACCAUGCAGAUGACCAACAAGGAGCGUGGCAAAUUCUUCGAAAGCAAUUACCAGUGGGAUCUGCUUGCCUCCCGGAAUAUCUGGGCGUUUGGUCCGGAGGACAACGGGCCGAACAUCUUGGUCAAUGAUACUCUGCCAUCCGAGGUCGACACGAAAUUAUUGACGAGUGUGAGGGAAUCAGUCAAGCAGGGUUUCCAGUGGGGAACGAGGGAAGGACCUCUGUGUGACGAACCCAUUCGAGGUGUCAAAUUCCGUGUUUUGGACGCUAGUCUAGCCGACGAGCCCAUCUAUCGAGGCGGUGGUCAAAUCAUCCCCACUGCUCGACGUGUUUGCUAUUCCUCCUUCCUUCUCGCCACACCACGCCUUCUCGAACCAAUGUACUACGUCGAAGUCCAGGCACCGGCCGAUUGCGUUGCGGCGGUGUACACGGUCUUGUCUCGCCGUAGAGGUCACGUCACCCGUGAUCUGCCCAAGCCCGGUUCACCGCUGUAUACUGUCAAAGCCUUCAUUCCCGUAUUGGAUGCCAACGGAUUCGAGACGGAUCUUCGAACAGCGACUCUCGGUCAAGCAUUCUGUCAAAUGACAUUCGAUCAUUGGCAGACUGUCCCUGGAGAUCCGACUGACACCUCCAUCCAACUUCGACCACUGGAACCAGCUACCGGUCAAUCCCUGGCGAGAGAUCUUGUUCUCAAAACGAGAAGGCGGAAGGGUCUCAGUGACUCCAUCGCCGUGAGCAAGUAUUUGGAGGACGAGACUAUCAUUGCCAUCAGCGCUUCCGGCAACGCGGAUCUCUUGAGCUAA